AUAGGGCUGGGCGAUAUGACGAUAUCUAUCGUGUGACGAUAGACGUUUUUCUAUCAUUUCAUAUUAGGCUCUAUCGUUUAUUUCGUUGUGUUGCAAAUCACACUCUUUACCGUAAUAUUUUUAGUCAAUUGGACGACGCUUUGCAUUCUUCCACAAGUGUCUUGUGGCCACGUGGAAGGAAAUGUGCAACACAAACAAAGAUGGAGGAGAGUGAAAGUGACACAGAGCACGGAGACACGGAGUUCAUACCUAAAAGAGGGUCUACUUCGGUCGCAUGGACGUGGUUUGGGUAUGAAAAGUCUGACACUGACCAGAAAACUAUCCUUUGCUAAAUAUGCCGCAGUCCGGUCCCGACAACAGGCUCAAACACCAUUAACCUUUUUUUACCACCUAACAUAAACUCACCCCAUUCCGUACAAAUGUGCGCAACCGCAACAUUCAAAAGAGGCUACAAAGAAAAUUAAUGGGACUGGAGCGACUGUGUUGACGUCAAAAUCGGGAGUGUGAACUGGGUUUCUAUUCAAGCGUUGAUCUACAUGAUGUUAUAGACUUCAAUGAUAUGGAUGUUCGUUUGGAAAACCACUUGGAUUAUUUCAUCCACGACAAUACUGCUGCUGCGUGGUUGAGUCCAGAAAUGCUGUCAGUUGCACGGGAAGCCUUCGGUGCUGGGGACUUCAACCUCCUUGCUGAGAUCUACAGCUCCCAGUUGGCGGACCUCCGACACCCGGACCGGAGCCUCUGCCUCCUGAAAGCGGACGCGCUCAGCCGGGCAGGGCGGGUAGCGGACGCUCUGGAAUCAUACUGCACCGCCGCCAACUUGGACAGGUUACGACCAAAUGAACUAGGGUCUCUCGUUGACUGUAUUGCGCACACUUUACGCCUAAAAGAAUGCCUAAAAGAAUGCACAGACUCAGAUGGGGUUUCCGAGGAUGAGCAUUCGUUGGACCUGUUCUCAUGUCGGCUUUGCAAGUGCUUGUUAAUCGAGCCAACAACUUUGGAAUGCGGCCAUACAUUCUGCAAACCAUGCAUUGAGGAUGACUGUAUCAAAGAAUGUAAAUUAUGUCGUUACAAACUGAACGAAACAAGUAGACAAUUAAAACCACUCUGUUUUAAAGUGAAUGUAGUACUCAGAGGCCUGUUGGAUAAAUGGUUUUGCGCAGAGAGUGAAGCAAGACGAUGCUGGCUUGAAGGGGAUAGAAUGCGGAACGAACGUGGCUUUAUCAACGCUCUUGAAAAAUACAACAACGCUCUUGAAAAAGCCCCCUAUAUGUGUAGGCUGCUGGGCCGACGGGCAGAGCUGCAUAUGGAGAUGAGCAACUUCAGACAGGCCCUACAGGAUGGAGACGCCAUGUGUCGACUGACGCCCCUCUCUCCCAAGGCUCACUACGUGAAGGCCCUGGCUCUGAACAAAGCCGGUUAUAAUGAAGAGGCCCUGCAAGAAUACUUCUACUGUCUGGCUCUGAAGCCAGACUGGACCUCAGUCAAGCUGGAAACACAAAAGAUGCUGAGUGAGAUGUUCUCUGUGUUCAAGACGGACGGUCUCCCCACGUCAUCACCCCACCCCCACCAAACAGGCCCCGCCCCCUACCUCAAACCAGCCUCCCUUCUCCUCGGCUCCCUCCAUUCCACCCCUCGUAGAUGGAGCCAAACCCCUAUUGGCCAUAGAGACAGUGUGUCUGAUACUGGGGCAGAGACCAAAUCCUCAUGUGAGGACUCCAAGACCCUAGCUUCUGUCGUGGCUGCCUUACCUCUCCCCCCUGGCCUAAAGAGGAAGUUCUCAGACGAGCCCCAAGGCUCUGCACCCCACAAGCUCCCCAGAAAAGUCUUGUGUUCAGAUGAGUCAAGCUCAUCCCAGAUGCCUGCUGCUUGUUGCAGUGAGAGGAGAGCGGUGCCCCCUCAGCUUCUGGAUAGCUCUGACAUGGACUGCUCUGUUUGUAUGAGGCUGUUCUACGAGCCAGUCACCACCCCCUGUGGACACACCUUCUGCAUGAAGUGUCUUGAGCGAUGUCUGGACCACAACCCCAACUGCCCCGUGUGUAAAGAGAACAUUACAGAGUACCUGGCCACUAGAGGGUACCAUAAGACCGUGCUGAUGGAGGAGGUGCUGCAGCGCUACCUGUCUGAGGAGCUGGCUGAGAGGAGCAAGGUGCACCAGGAAGAAAUGGCAGAGCUGUCAAACUUGACCCAGGAAGUGCCCAUCUUCAUCUGCACCAUGGCAUUUCCCACAAUCCCCUGCCCCCUGCAAGUCUUCGAGCCGUGUUAUAGGCUGAUGAUCCGACGCUCUAUGGAGACGGGAACCAAGCAGUUUGGAAUGUGCAUCGCUGACGACAUUAAAGGCUUCGCAGACUACGGCUGCAUGUUGGAGGUGAAAGACGUGAAGUUCCAACCAGACGGGCGCUUGGUGGUCGACACGAUCGGAGUGUCCCGCUUCAGAGUGCUGAGCCACGGCCACCGCGACGGCUACAACACAGCCAAGAUAAAGCACCUGGAGGACCAGAAGGUGGAGGGAGAGGAGCUGGCGGAGCUGCAGAAACUGCAUGACUGUGUGUACGAGCAGGCCAGCACCUGGUUCACCUCCCUCAAAGACAACAUGAAGAACCAGAUCGUCAGCCACUUUGGACAGCUGCCUGAAAAAUACUGUGACAUACAGGGGAGUGUCAGUGGUCCUGCAUGGUGUUGGUGGCUGCUGGCUGUACUGCCCCUGGAGAAGAGAGCCCAGCUAAGCAUCCUGGCCAUGACCACCCUCCGAGAGCGCCUCAGCACCACCCGCCGGGUGCUUAGCCUCGUCACACGCAAACACCCGCCAACACGGCAAACAUCUUCCUCAGCAGCAGCAGCAUCAUCACUGUAGUGGCCCCCCUGGAGGGGAUCAGUUUAGAAUAAUCUAGGCCCAGUUAGAUAACUUUUGACAAUCUGGAUGUCGCCUAUCAGCUAGGAUUAAAUGCAUAUAAAUAUAAUGAAUAGAAUAGGAGUUCCUGUUGAAGUUGGUUAUUUUUCUGUUCUAUUAAUUAUAUUUCUAUGCAUUUAAUCCUAUCCGAUAGACUAAAUCCAGAUAGAUCAUUUUUGGAAAACUGGGCCCUGGAGAAGAAGGGAGAAACUAAAUUUUACUCAGAAGCUCUAGCCUCAAAUAGCUCUAACAGUGGGAAUGAUUUACCAGUGUUGUUCAUGAUCUCAGGAAUGGGUUUCUACUUGAGUCUUACAGAAAGGAUCGAUGGACUAGCCCUACCCAACCAAAACACAUAAAUGAGUGUCAUGUUUGCACACAUAUCUUUGGGUCAAUUCCAUUAUGUCCAGUUUUGUCAUGUUUAUGUGUGGUACAUUAGGUUAAUCUUGUUUUAUUGUUGACCUGUGUACAAGAGGCCUUAAAUUAUUUUUGCAAUAUGUUUUUUUUCUCUGUCAUGUGAAAACAAUUUUCAUGUACAGAAAUGUAGCAUUUUUCUAUGGGACAUAAUUAAGAUUAAUGCACACCAUCCCUUACUGGAAUAAUAUGUUCUACUGCAUAUUGGUAAUUAUGGCACGAGGGAGCGCUUGAUGCAAGCAAGAGAAAAAUAGCAGCACAACAGACAUUGUAGUAGCACCGAAGAUUCACAGGGUGGCAGUACCUUAAGGGAAUGUUAAUCUUUGGAUGCUGUACAGCAGGGGUGUCAAACUCAUUCUACAGAGGGCCAAGUGACUGCAAUUAAGACCUACACAACCAGGUGAGGGGAGCUCCUUCCUUAUUAGUGACCUUAAUUCAUCAAUCAAGUACAAGGGUGGAGCGAAAAGCUGCAGACACUCUGCACUCUGGAAUGAGUUUGAUGUGCUGUACUGUACUGUAACAAUGAGGCCAAGUGGUGUUUCUUUCCGCGCAUAGACACUCGCCUUCAUAGUUAUCUACAUGAGUCUAUUCCAAAAUCACAAAAAAAAAAUCACAUAGUUGGUCUCUUUCCCCCCACAACCAGAGGUUGUCAAGAGGCCUGGGCAAAGGCACACCAUAUGCCAUUUUGCGAAUUGUAAGGACAGGUGUACUCUGUGGUCACCACAUUAAAAGCUUCUGUGACACUGUAUCUCACUCACACAGUCAGAUCUAGGAGAUGCAGUCAGGUGAGUCAUUUGGGAUACUAUGAAGUCAGAACCCGGAAACGAAACGUAUUUGUAGACAAUGAGUCACAUUUACAUUUAAGUCAUUUAGCAGACGCUCUUAUCCAGAGCGACUUACAAGUCACCUCUGUGCUUUGUCAUCACCAUGUUGGAAUGAUCUGGAGUCUCCCCUCAAUUGAUUCAUUAGCCAAACCCAGACCAGUGGAGGCUGCUGAGGGGAGGACAGCUCAUAAUAAUGGCUGGAAUGGCUUCAAACCAUGUGUUUGAGGUAUUUGAUACGUUCCACUGAUUUUGUUCCAGCCAUUACCACGAGCUCGUCCUCCCCAGUUAAGGUGCCACCAACCUGUGUCCCAGACACAUUUUCAGAAAUUGCUCACUACAUUUUUGGUAACAAGAAUGUGAAAAUGGCAUUUUAUUGCGUUCAAUUAAUCUUAACUUGUACCUUUUUAAAUGUAUGGUUUUGUUAAUUGGGCCCAACAUAUUUAUUAUUAAAACCAUUCCAUAUAAUAUAUGCCAUUUUAGCAGACGCUUUUAUCCAAAGCGACUUAUAGUCAUGUGUGCAUACAUUCUACGUAUAUAGUUAUACAUUUACCAUGAACUUCAUCCUCAGUCAAUUCUCUCCUCAAUUUGAGUGUGUUGGCCACGCAUACUAAUUGGCCAAACCUGAUCUUAAUUGGUUUGUGUCUUGAAAGGGGGUCUGUUUGAACAGUGUGAAAAUAAUGCUUUGCAGAGGUAGACAUUCUAUAUGCGAUGUGGGAAAGGUUGUUGUUUUAAUAACCCUCCAGCAUGGUCUCUUGAACCAUCUGUUUUAUAGCCUAAUAAAUAUUUAUUGAAUUCUGA